AUGAAAACCUUCAUCGCCCUUUGCGCUCUCGUCGCCUGCGCCGUCGCCGGCGAAGUGCGAGACAAGCGCAGCUACGUUAGCAGCGGUUGGAGCGGAUCCAGCGACCUCAGUGGCUGGAGCGGUUACAGCGGCGGCAGCUACGGAGGCAGCUACGGGGGUCUCGGGGGCUGGGGUGGGUACAGCGGCCUCGGCGGAUAUUCAGCGGGGCACGUGGCGCCCGCCGCCCGCCUCGUUACCGUCAACAAAGUGGUCAACGUGCCGCAAGUGGUGAGCGUGCCUAAGGUAGUGUCCGUCCCGCGAGUGGUCUCCGUCAAGAAGGUGGUCGCCGAGCCCAGCUACUCCGCUAGCGGAUAUGGAUCCAGCUAUGGCUAUGGAUCCGGCUACGGAUCUGGCUACGGAUCCGGUUGGACAUCCGGAUACGGAUCUGGCUACGGAUCCGGAUAUUCUAGCGGCUGGUGGUGA